AGGCACCAGAGCUCACGUUGAAGUGCACAGCCAGAGAGAAGCCCGGGAUUCACUGUGCAGACUACCAGACGACUCAACUUCAUCCUAACUGACCACAAUGGAGACCGAGACACAGACAACAGAGCAGAUGACGAACAGUGAUCUGUCGGAACAAAUCAAAGCGGUGACGAAGGAGAGUCACGUCAGGGCAGAAAACACCGAGCUGAUGCUGAGCUUCCAGAGGGGAAAGGUCACCAUGCCGCAGCUUAAGCUCCUCCUGUGCUCGCUGUAUGAAGUCUACAAGGUCUUGGAGGAAGAGAUGGACAGGAACUGCCACCACCCCAGUGUCGCUCCCAUUUACUUCCCGGCUGAACUGGCCCGACUGGGGACCCUCGAGAAAGACCUGGAAUAUUUCUACGGCCAGGACUGGAGAGAGAAGGUUGUUGUCCCGGCUGCCACUCGAAGAUACUGCCACAGACUCAGACAAAUCGGUAAAGAAAACCCUGAAUUCCUGGUUGCCCAUGCUUACACUCGUUACCUCGGUGACCUGUCUGGAGGUCAGGUCCUGGGUCGGAUCGCCCAGAAGUCCAUGGGGCUGAAGGGCAGCGAGGGUCUGUCGUUCUUUGCCUUCCCCGCUGUGUCCAGCCCCAACCGGUUCAAACAGCUGUAUCGCAGCCGGAUGAACAGCGUGGAGCUCACGGAGGAGGAGAGGAACGGCGUGCUGGAGGAGGCCGUCAGAGCGUUCGAGCUCAACAUUCAGGUCUUUGAUGAUUUGCAGAAGAUGCUGCCGAGUGUCCAUGAAGACGAGCGGCAGACUUCUUCAACACACUCCGCACCAGCGAAGAUGCUCCAGCUCCCCAGAGCCAUCGUCCAGUCCUCCGCGCUGCUCAGGACGCUGAUGGGACUCUUCGUGGCUCUGGCCACCGUCAGUAUAGGAAUCUACGCUUUUUAAGAGCGCAGACACCAUAAUACUGCGUUUGUCUGUGAAUGUACAUAGUUAAAAAAAUAACUCUUGAAGGGUUUGAAAUACUUGCAAAAUGACUAAAUACUGUAAAAUACUUAUAAAUCUGAUCACGGUUUGCAUUAAAGUGGAUUUUUUUUGUGUAACACCGUUACCCAGUGUGAAAUAAAGUGUGUUUUUAAAACUGUAAAUAUUAUUUUUAAAUAAAAAAUAUCUUGUUGGAAAAA